AUACAGAAUAAAUUUUUAUUUAAAUUUUCAAAAAUUUAAAUUUUCGACUUUACGCCACAUAAUUAAUAUUGUUUGCGGUGAAUACUAUUCAUUACUUAUGCUGGAACUUGGCUGGAACCAAACAUCUAAAGCUCUAAAUAUAAAUUAUCAUAUAUAUUUUGUAUGAUGUCUAUAUUACACACAAAACAUUAUCAAGGCACAAAAUAAUUUUAAAAAACUUUAGACAACACGUCUAAUGGUUACCAUAGAAACAAAAUGAAAAGAAAAGUUUGUUUGGUCGAAGCUUAUGAAUCGGAUAAAGCUAUAUUUGAAGAACAAGUAAUACGACGAUUUAAAGAAAACAUGUACAAAAAUACAGUGUGGUACAGAUCUUUGUUAAAUGCAGAGAAAACGUGCUUAAAAGAAGAUAAAGUAAGAAAAAUUCACUAUAAAUUUGAUGAUGACAAAGAAAUGGUUGAAGAAUAUAAUGUGGAUACUAAAGUGCUACUCAGAAGAGCAUGGAAGUCUAAAGGAAAACUAGGUAGUGAAGGGAAAUGGGAUGUUGAGAUAGGAGAUCCUAUACCAGAUGCAGUGCAGCCUAUAGAUUCUGCUGAAAUUGUUGAAAGCAAAGACCAGCCAGUUGUUACUAGACGCAAUACUAGAGUUAAUUUGGAAUGGAGAAUAAGAAACUUGCCAUAUCCAAUAGAAACAUAUGGGUUAAAAGCAAACAAUGAGGAGAAGUGUAUCGUCAUCAGUACAACAAAUAAGAAAUACUAUAAGAAGUUAUUUAUUCCUGAACUUACAAGACUUGGUUUAAAUGUUGAACAAGCCAAUAUUCAAUCAUCUCAUAAGUAUAAUACUCUCAUUGUAAUGUACAAGAAGCCCCAACAACUAAUAGAUAUGGAAAAAGAAUGGUACGAGGAGCUGAAUAAUGUUAAAUCAGUUAAGGAUAUUCCAAGUGAAUGCAAAACUCAAUAAACUUAUUGAUAUUUACAAGAAAUAAAUUGUUUAUUGUUCUUUGGACAAAUGAGUGGUAUUUGUAAGUUGUGUGCAAUAUUAAGGAUGUCAAUGCAGACUAUUAUAAAAAUAAAAUAAGUUUUAACAGUA